AUGUCUCCCCAGCGCAAAAGCAUCGACCGCUCGACGUCUUUUGACGACGACGUGGAGAAGAAGGAGACCAAUAACACCGAGACGAUUACCGUCCUCCCCAACGGUGAGGAGGUCAUGAAGACGAGCCACUACACGCCUGAGGAGGAGGAGUUCCUCGCCACAUUCGACGAGGCAAAACAGAAGAAAAUGUAUCGCAAAAUCGACGUCCGCUUGCUUCCCAUGCUCGCAUUGCUCUAUUUGUUCGCCUACAUCGAUCGAGCCAACAUCGGCAACGCCAAGAUCGAAGGGUUGUUAGAAGACCUUCAUCUCGACGGAACAAAGUAUAACACGGCACAGAGUAUCUUCUUUGUCACGUAUAUCCUCUUCGAGAUCCCUGCGAACAUUAUCCUGGAGCGCUACUUCCGUUCGAGGCCUUCAUGGUGGCUGGGCGGACUUGCGGUCCUGUGGGGCCUUGCCAUGACGCUCCACGGCGUUGUAAAAAACUAUGGCGGCCUCCUGGCGGUCCGCCUUGCCCUGGGUAUCCCCGAAGCCGGCUUCUUCCCUGGUGCUGUGUACCUCUGCUCGCUCUGGUACCCGCGCCACAUGCUCAACUCGCGCAUCGCCUUGUUUUACACUUCCAGUGCCCUUGCCGGCGCAUUCUCCGGCUUGCUGGCGUUCGGCAUCGCCAAGCUCCGCGGUGUCGGUGGCAUUGCUGCCUGGCGCUGGAUUUUCCUGCUUGAAGGCGCAGCCACUAUCGCUCUCGGCCUCAUGGUGCCAUUCAUCCUGCCGGACCACGCGUCAAACUCCAAGUUCCUCACGGACGAAGAGCGCAAAUACAUGUCGAUUGUCUCUGGUGCCCAGGACAAGUCGGCGCAUUCUGGCCAGCACGACAGCGACGACGUUAGCAAGUGGAAGGUCUUCAAGUCUGUUGUUACGGACUGGCAGCUUUACCUUCUUGGCAUCGUCUACUGGUCCAACACGGUCCCCAACUACGCCAUGAAGUUUGCUAUGCCGACCAUUAUCAAGGCGAUGGGCUACUCGUCGUCGCAGGCACAGCUCCUCUCGGUGCCGCCUUACAUCGUCGGUGCGAUCACGGCCUGUGUCGCUGGUCUCUUUUCCGACCGCUUCCGUAAGCGUAUGCCGUUCAUUAUGGUGGCGCAGUUCACGGUCAUCGUCGCUCUCAUCAUUAUUAUGCCGAUCCGCCACGACAUCAAAAAGUAUAUGGCCCCGGCUUACCUGGCCAUCUGCCUUGUCUGCGCAGGUGUCUAUCCUAUCGGUCCAGGAACCAACACGUGGACCGCCAACAAUACUGCUGGGCCAGCCAAGCGCGCCAUGAGCGUUGCCUUUGUCAUCUCGCUCUGCAACGUCGGUGGUAUCAUUGGCGGCUACAUCUUCCUUGAGAGUGAGAAGCCCCACUUCACCACGGGCUACGCCGGUUCCCUUGGCUUUGCCUUUGCUGGUGUUCUGGGAGCGGCCGUCCUCGAGAUCGCUUACAAGCGCAUCAACUCCAAGCGUGACAACAUGACCAAGGAGGAGAUCGAUACCAAGUACACGCCACAGGAGCUUGCCCAACUCGGUGACCGCUCGCCAUACUUCCGUUACAUGCUGUAA